AAGAGGAAAAAUAGAUAGAAGCAGCGCCAUUCUUGAGAGCUCAGCGGGCGCGGCAAAAAUGGCGCCGUCCCUUUGCUUCCAGUUACACACUUGCUCGCAGCUCGGUUGCAUUGCUGCUGCUAAGGCGGCGGCGCCGUCGAGCGUCGCAACCGCAAAUAGAACAUUGUCUCCGUUCCUCAGGCUCAGACGACCAUUUCUCCAUAGCUUCUGUGUAAGAUUGGGCCCUUCCGCCGAGGUUUUCGAGCCGCAACAUCUCCGGAGUCCGGAACUCGUGGCGUUGGAAUAUGCCGACCUUAAUCUCCCUCACAGGAUCUUCGAGGAUUCGGGUCACGUUAGAAUCAGACAGCACGUUAACCCUCUCAGCUCUUCUUUCGCUGUCCCUGCACCAGCACCUAAUUGGAACGAAGUCUUCAAGGAUCCCACAUUACCCCUCAUGGUCGAUAUAGGAAGUGGUAGUGGCAGAUUUCUCCUUUGGCUUGCAAAAAGACAUCUUGAUAUGAGAAAUUUCUUGGGUCUGGAAAUACGACAUAAACUGGUCAAGCGUGCCGAUAUCUGGGUCAAAGAGUUGGGACUUAGCAACGUACAUUUCAUGUUUGCAAAUGCUACAAUUUCCUUUAAACAGAUCAUAUCUUCCUAUCCUGGACCCCUGAUGCUGGUUUCCAUACUGUGCCCAGAUCCCCAUUUCAAGAAACGGCAUCACAAGCGAAGGGUUGUGCAGAAGCCUUUAGUAGAAUCUAUAGUAGACAGUUUAACUCCUGGAGGGCAGGUGCUCAUACAAUCUGAUGUUCUUGAAGUGGCAGUCGACAUGAGGCUUUGGUUCGAUUCUGAAGCCGAUGUUCUAAAACACAUCGAUGUGCUCGACCCGAGUGUUUUGUGUGACGAAGAUGGAUGGUUGUUGAACAAUCCAAUGGGAAUAAGGACCGAAAGAGAAAUUCAUGCCGAAUCCGAAGGUGCGAAAAUUUAUAGAAGAAUGUAUCAAAAGUUUACAUGACAAAAGAAUAACUGAAGAGUAACUAGAUAGAUUGUUUAAUGGUAAUCUGUUUGCAUUUUAGUCAGUA